CUUUCUCACCAUCACAUUCCACUAUCCGAUAAUAACUCAACGAAAACCUCUCCUUCGCCCCCCAACGACCCGUUGGAUAUCGCUCUCGCCCCAUCCACCUCUCGCCCCACCUCUUCCAUGUCCAAGGCUAAGACUUCAAAACCCUCGACCCCUCGACCUCCACUUCACUGCGACAAUGAUAACGACCCUCCUGGCUCCCAGCAAAGAUCCUCAGAAAUGAACAGGCCUCUCAACGUCACCGACGCCCUCAGCUAUCUCGAUGCCGUCAAAGUUCAGUUUCAAGACAAACCUGAUGUGUACAACCACUUCUUGGACAUCAUGAAGGACUUUAAAAGCGAAGUCAUCGACACACCCGGCGUCAUUGAGCGUGUUUCUCUCCUCUUCCAUGGCAAUCCCUAUCUCAUACAAGGCUUCAACACUUUCUUGCCACCUGGCUAUCGCAUUGAAAUGUCAGAGGAUCCAAGGGAAAUCAAUUUCAUCACUGUCACAACUCCUACGGGCACUACCACGCAGAACACCAGCGCCUGGUGUCAAUCUUCCAGACAGUCUCGUGACGGACUCGGUCCUGCGAGGCCCUCCUUACCUGGUCACAAUUUCGUCAAUAUUGCUCCUCAGUCUUUUAUGCCUCCCUUAUCGAGGUCAAUUACACCCUAUCAACUUUCCCACAUGCAGCCGCCAUUUGACGGCCCCUCUGUCAUGUAUUCGCCCAGUUUCCAGGGUCAUUCUACAACUGCUGCUGCGUCUUUCCUAGGUAACCUAAACAACAAACACCCUGUAGAGAACAAGCCUGCUGGGGAGUUUAACCAUGCCAUACAGUACCUGAACAAAAUUAAGGCACGUUACGCGGAUGACCCAGACACGUACAAACAAUUCCUCGAGAUAUUGCAAACAUAUCAAAAAGAGCAAAGGCAUCUUCACGAUUCCCAAGUAUAUGUCCAAGUUCAGAUGCUAUUCAAGGACGCACCGGACUUGUUGAGCGAAUUCAAAGAUUUUUUACCGGAAGUUGCGAAUGCAUCUGCCGGCCCCAGCGGAGUAGUGGGUAUAUUGCCUCACCCGACAGCAGGCCCAGGAGUGCCUUCUCCCUGGAAUCAGCCUGACAUGUCAACUGCAGCAUCAGAAAAAGGUCUAAAAAAAGCUGCACUCACGGCAAAGAAAAGACGUAGAGGUCCUGAGAAGGAUACUACCCCAGCACUCAAUGUAAAGGGUUCAUUAAGUAGAUCCAAAAAAACGAAACUCAACAAUAAAGCUGAUCCAGAGUCACCCCGCUUUUCACCCUACCCAGUGCCUGGUUCGCCUCUUCCACAUGCCGCUUCUGUCACUCAAGCACCUGGAGUAAUGCAGCCACCCCAAGGCCAUGGUCAACACAGCGUUCAAGCUUUUACGAAUUCCUCUUAUGCGCUAGGUAGCUCUACCCCAGACGAACUCCUUUUCUUUGAUCGCGCGAAGAAAGCUCUCGAAGGCCGAGAAACAUACGAGGACUUCUUGAAAAUUCUGAACCUAUACUCCAAAGACAUAAUCGAUGCAAAGAUGCUUGUUGAUAUGGCCCGUGCAUUUUUGGGUGACGGAGAACUUCUGACGCAAUUCAAGGACGUCAUUGGCGUGGAUGAAAAACGAAGUAGCAUUGAGUUUGGACCUCCUGGAAGUAUCAGAACAGGACCACCAGAAGCUUUGUCAGCCUUACCAGCGGAUGAUGGAAAAGGUCCUAGUUAUCGAAGAUUACCCAAGAGUGAGAUCAGAUUGGCGUGCUCUGGUCGAGACCAGCUUUGUCGCUCUGUGUUGAAUGACGAAUGGGUGUCUCACCCAACCUGGGCUUCGGAGGAGGCUGGCUUUAUUGCCCACAAGAAAAACUCGUUUGAGGAGGCUUUGCACAAGAGCGAGGAAGAACGCCACGAAUACCACGUUCACAUCGAAGCUCUCACUCGUACAAUAGCGAUACUCUCGCCAAUCGCCGCGCGCAUCGAAGAGAUGACAAAUGAGGAACGAGCAGCGUUUAGGCUAAAACCUGACCUCGGAGGCUCCAGCAAAAGUAUAUAUUAUCGGAUAAUCAAAAAGGUCUAUGGUCGAGACACCGGAAAUGAGGUGAUUCAAGCACUUCAGGAUUGCCCCAGUGUCGCCGUACCUGUGAUUUUGGCCCGCCUGAAACAAAAGGAUGACGAAUGGAGACGCGCACAGCGAGAUUGGAGCAAGACAUGGCGAGAAGUUGAUGCGAAGAAUUUCUACAAAUCUCUGGACUAUCAAGGCAUUAGCUUCAAGGCGAAUGACAAGAAGAGUAUCACGGCCAAGCACUUUGUGGGGCAUAUCGAGUCCAUUAAGGCCGACCAAGCCCGGGUCCAAGCUGAGCAAGGUCGACCUUCCUUUGUAUUUGGCUCACUUGGGCACCAGCUAGAAUUUCGCUUUUACGACAUCUCCGUUUUGCACGACUCCCUCAAGAUGGUGUAUGCGUUCCUAGAACAUUCACAAGGGCAAUAUAGCCUGUCAGAAAGGCGGGCUAUAGAAAAUUGGCUGCGGUCAUUCGUGCCCCUUUUGUGCAUGUACCCUGUUGCAGAGUUCAAUGCCGCAUGCGGGCCGCUAGGCAAUGGGCGUGAGGACAACAGUGGAAAUGAACUAUUGGAUGAAUCACUUAACGGAAGGAGAUUUGACGGCAGCGGCAACGCCCAUUCUUCAGGAAUCCCAGCGAACGAUCUACGCAAACAACUGCUCAAGACGGUACAAGAAAAGUCCUAUGGAAACGAUGCUAGUGGAGUCUCACCGUUGGCCCAGUCACGCGCUACCUCCCCCUUUUCCGGAAUUAGCCCGCCGAAUGCCCCAGAUGCCGACAACAGGACGGCUGAGGCUGUAUCAACUGAAUUGAAAGCAGAAGAUAUUUGGAUACACGACUGCUCGGCCAAUCCACCACCUGCUAAUAAUACUGAGAAUGCCUCGAGGAAACCUUUUUUCGCCAACACAACUUUUUACACCAUGUUGUGUCUGUUACAGUUGCUCUAUUCGCGUCUAUGCGUGUGUAAGGAAAGUGGAGCCAAACAAGCGUACCAAAGACACACAUCAUUACAAGCCAACUCGAUUGCUGUUGAACUCGGGCUAGAUGAUCCUAAUGGCCCAUCCGCAGUUCUGGCACAGGCGAUGGAUGCUCUCGGUGACGGAAGAAGUGACGACACCAAUGUCAUCUACAUGUAUUUGCUGGACGCAUGCGAAAAAUUAUUUGAUAACGAACUUGAUCAAGUACUAUUCGAAGAGCAUAUGCGAUGGUUCUUCGGCAAUAAGGCUUAUCAUCUCUUUACGCUCGAUAAACUGAUCACAGCACUAGUGAAACAGGUCCAGACGGUGUUGUCGGAUAACAAGUGUCAGGAGAUAUGGUCGCUUCUGCAGCAAACCCGGAGCAAGGGAUUGUUGUCUAACCAAGACAUAAUUCGGUAUCGACGGGAAGCUGAGCGACACGUUGGGUCAGAUGAGCACUUGUACCGGGUUGCAUGGCACCGUGACUCGAAGAUGAUGUAUAUGCAGCUUGUGGAUCAAGAUGAUCCCAGUAUAGAUGGGGAUGGAUCCGCUAUCAAUCGAUGGCGAGAAUAUGUGGAUGCAUUUGUGCUACGGCAGCCGAGUGAAUGGCAGCCAGUGCCAAAAAAGACACAGAUAGGAAGUGUGCUAUUUUUGCGGCGGUCGCGAUAUAUAACAACCGACGAAUCACCGCCGUGUGCAAGCAGGUUAUGGAAUGGGAUGAGGAUACGGAUCAGCCUAGGAACAUACAAGCUGUUUUACGAGGGCGAUAGCGAGGAUGUGCUGGUUCGAGGACGGGGUGCUGAGGAGGGGGAGGGGCUGAGUGAGCGAGCGAGGGUACGACAGGAGGAGCGGAAGAAGAGUCGAUGGCUACAGGAAUAGAGUAUGAUGCUAUUUUGGAAAUGCUAUAAAAGGAGGGAAAUGCAGGGUUGCAGUAUAAUAUUUAGUGGACGAAUGGGAUUGAUUAUUAUU